AUGAAGUUCUCGGCUUUCUUCGUUAUCGCCUCUGCCGCGUUCGCUGCCGCCGCCCCCGGCGUUGCCACUUUCUCCCAAGAGCGCGCUGCUCUCAACGAGAGCGCCCCCAGCCGAGACCGCGAGGACGGCCGUGCUGAUCUCCGCGAGCCUGGACGAGAGGAGGGCCGUGAGGGCGAGCGCGAGGAUGACCGAGAGGACCGUGCUGGACGUGGUCGCCAGGAUGAUCGCCUCAACCGUGGCGGCCUUGCCUUUAGCCAAGUCGAUCUCAACUACCUUCUCCGGGUCAACCAGCUCAACCUCGGCAAGCUCCAGGUCCUCAGCCAGCGAAACAACUUCAACGUCGUCGUCUUCCAAGAUCUCUUCGCCUCUCGGGACUUCAGCCUCCAGUCUCUUCUCCAGCUCCAGCAGCUCUCCACCAUGCUUGCUAUUGCCGAGACUGGUAUCUUUGACCAGUUUGAGCUGUCUCGAUUGGACCUUGGCAACCUGAACCUUGGGCUCAUCAACGGCAUUGCUGGCCUGAACUUGGCUCAGUUCAUCGAUGCUGCUUUGAAGCCCCAGAUCACUAUCAUUUCUAAAGAGGUCAACAACAACAUCAUCAUUGCCAAGUAA